CCGGUCGAAACUGGGAACGUCGGACCGGGGCGUCGGGACGUUAUCCAGCCGCCGCCUUUGCCUCCGCCUUCCUCGUCAGCCUUCUCCUCGCCGGUUCUCCCGUUGCUCGUCCCGGUGGUCCCGCCGCGUUCCUCCUUAUCCCCCCUUAUCUUCCUUCCUCGCAAAAAAGUUCUCCGCGAAACGCCGCCAAAGUUUUCUCUUCCGACUUCUUCGCCGACUUGCCAAAGCUUCCGCCUGCCUUUUUCCGCCUAGAUUACACACACACAAGUGCACUUUUGCCGGCUUUUGCGCAUCUCUCGUCAUCACGCCGGGACGGCUGCGGGCGUGCGGCGACUGACACCGUGAGAUGGGACGAACGUCCCUCCUGCGGCGCGGCCGAGUGCUCCAGGACUCUCGAUUAUCCGCCUCGGUGCCUGAGUAAAGUGCGCCGAGAGAGUGUCACCGAUAAGCGGCGGCUCUUCAUCCCCCGAUCUGCGCGAUUGAAUUCUUUUCAGUGAAUAACGAGCGUCCCGGGGAGAAUACUUUCCCGAGUGUCCUUUAGUAAUCAAGCAAAGAUCGCGCAUAGUCCUCGGCCGAGAGGUCGCGGGGUCUCCUGGAAGCGCGUCGUUGUUGCCUGCGGAAUCGCAACCCAAGCUCGCCGAGUUUUGCGUUUCAAACGCGCUCCUGCGACCGUUCCCAAGAGGGGCGGGAUUUUAUUGGUGGAUUCGAAGCGCGCUACGGCAGCUUCAUCCGUUAAGUUUGACCUCCCAUAUUUAUCGCCGGGCUGUCUAUUAAAGCGUCCCGAGGCGACCGCGGAUCGUGCAGUCGCGAGCAAGCUGUUAGUUAAGCAGGAAUCACAUUUGCGCGACAAGCGAGUGAGCCGGAGUCGUGCAGCAGCGUCUAAUGUGAAGCAACAAUCGCCACCCUGCACUCUUUUAUGCACAUUGACGAGCGAGAGCGAGUUGCCCGACGCAUCACCGGGAGACUCCCCUCGUGAAGAGAGAAGCUAGACGAGAGGGACGAGAAAAGCGGCGGCUCACACACGAAGUAAGAAACACGUCGCCAAGGUCGCGGAUGACGAGAUUGUUGGAUCUAUCGAGUUUUAUAUUGUUCGCGUCUGUUGAAUUUCCUGUAGGAGUUUACCGAGAAACGCGUGUUCCUUGUUGAAGAGAACUCGGUCAAGCAUAUUUAUUUGUUCCGUCGAGUUUUACCUUGCGUGCGAACGUAAAAUACAAGUUUUACAUUGAGCUGACGAGUGCGUCUCGCACCGAGAGAGGGAGAGAGAGAGAGAGAGAGUCGACCGCACCGAAUUUUUAUACCGGACAGUGACUGUUAGAUUUGCCGCAAGCUCAUCAGGAUCAGCUAGCUCGUGAGAUUUCGCGAUAUUAAUUUAGAAGAGAAUUUACGUGCUCGCGAGAGGCAAGAGCGUUUUUUUCAUCGAUUUUGUGAGGACAUCGCGACCGAGCGAGUAAACGACUAGGCCGUUAGAGACGAAUAAGCGAUAUCAAGGACGAGAGGAUACGGCGGCCGCGUGAGAGACAUAACAACAAGCCGACGACAAUACUUGAGAGACGAGAUAUCGCAGAUAAACAAAGCAAAGCCGAGCAAUGUUCAAGUGCUGCAGGUGUACCAGCUCGAAGGGGUCGCAAUCGAACACCGACUCCGACUCGAACGACACUCCGACGUCAUCGCGGAAGAUGAUAGAGAAGGUGGACGACGAGACGGGGACGUCGCCGAAGGCGGUUAAAGCGAACGGCGACGUACCGCGAGCGGAAGAAACGGAGGAGGCCGAGAAGGUCGAGGAAGUUCCGGUGGAGGAGUCGGCUCUCCUUGCAACCGACGCCCCGGCUCUUCCUGCUCCGGAAGAGUCCCCGUCCGAGCAACAGGAAGCUGAAGGAAGCGAGGACAAAGCAGCUUCGAAGGCGGCAGAGGCCGAGGUAAACAAAGCCGAGGUGAGUCCCGAGGAGAAAAGUCCAGAGUCGGGCGCGGCGGGAGAGGAAGCGACUCUCCAGAUCGAUGAACACGAAGACGUGAAACUCGUGAAGGAGAUCUCGUCGCUCGCCACUGCCGUGAUGAAGGAAAUCGAGCGGGUGGUCGAGGAAGGCCCCCGGGACGAGGAGCAAAGCAGCGAGAAGACGAGCGCUCCCACCGGCGAGAAAGCCGAGGCGAGUGAUGAUGGUCCCGUCGGGGACCAGGCGGAGGGUGAUGCUGCCGAGGCGAAAGUCCUGACCUGCGCCGCCAAGACGAAUCUUUACUGCGACGCGGGCUACAUAGAGAGGACGGUCGACGACGGGGCGGACGACGAGGGCGACGACUCGGUUUUCGAGGGCGAAAGCGACGCGGCUGACAAGGCGCAACCAGCUGGCCUGCUCUCCGAUUGGGCGACGCAGCAACACGAUCUUCUGGAGAAGAGCUCCGGCGAGCACGUGCGAGAAGGAUGCAGCGGCAUGCAGGAACCGCCGGCGACGCCGGUAGCUCGCGACGAGCUCGCCCUGAGGCGGCACAGAUUCUUCUCCGAGUUGUUGCAAGUCGCGCAGAACACGGAGCACAGAGUGAGGUUCGACCCACUAGGACCGAGGGUGCACACCGGUUGCGGUGAGGUCAGCGACAGGGACGAGUAUCUGGAGCAGUUGGUGAACCGGCUGGAGGACGUGACAAGGAGGCUUGAGAAAGUGCCGGUACCUUCGUCGGUCCAAACUCAAGAGACUUCCGUGCAAGUACCUUCGCCAAAGUCCACGCCGGCAAGAAACAGCUCGUCCACGCAGGACUCGCCGCAAUCAUCGUCGGAUUCGAUUUGUUCGAGCGAACGAAUAAUCCCAGAGCAGUCCGCAAGCAUGUCCGUAGCCGGGUUCGAAGACCUCUUAGCCGGGCCGGUGAAGGAGUACCUAGAAUUAAGUCAGAAGAUCGGCGGCGACGUAGCCGCUCACAGCAAACUCGUUGAGAAAGCUUUCCAGUUUCAGCUGCAGUUUAUACACACGGCGGCGAGCCGUGCAGCACCGGCGAACCAGUCGGAGCAUGUGGCUCUGCUCGAGCCCAUGUCCGCGCAAAUCCAGCGGAUUCAGGAGUUCCGCGAGAAGAAUCGUGGCUCCCCGUUCUUCAAUCAUCUGUCGGCGAUCAGCGAAAGUAUCCCCGCUCUGGGAUGGGUCGCGGUAUCGCCCACGCCAGCUCCGUACGUUAAGGAGAUGAAUGACGCCGGCCAGUUUUAUACUAAUCGCGUGUUGAAGGAUUGGAAAGAGAAAGACAAAAUGCAUAUAGACUGGUGUAAAGCGUGGGUACAAACGUUGACCGAUCUGCAGCAGUAUGUCCGUCAACAUCACACGACAGGCUUAGUGUGGGGAAAAACUGGCGCCGCACCAGCAGGCAUCCCGCCUCCGCCACCUCCGUCGAUGCCAAUCGGAGACAUCAUCGCACCACUAUCCAUGAUCAACGACGACAGGAGCGCUCUUUUCGCUCAGAUCAAUCAGGGAGAAGAUAUCACGAAGAAUUUGAAGAAAGUCACUUCGGACAUGCAGACGCAUAAAAAUCCUUCCCUGAGAUCCGGACCCGCGCCAUUCAAGGCGCCAGCAAUCGCCAGCGUGACGCCGAUGAAGAAUGUGUUACCGGCGAACGCGCCUAUCGACAAACCAUCCGUAUUUACCAGAGACGGCAAGAAAUGGCUCGUGGAGUACCAGAAAGGCGAGAAUUUAAUGAUCGACAACGCGGAAAUGAACAAUGUGGUUUACAUAUUUCGAUGCCAAGACAGCACACUCACCGUCAAGGGCAAGGUGAAUUCCGUCGUGAUGGAUUCCUGCCGCAAAUCGUCCAUCGUAUUCGAUUCCCUCGUGUCCAGUAUCGAGUUCGUCAAUUGUCAAAGUGUACAAAUGCAGGUCCUCGGAAAAGUACCCACAAUCUCGAUCGACAAAACGGACGGCUGCCAAAUGUAUCUGAGCGCAGACUCUCUUGACGUGGAGCUCAUCACCAGCAAAUCUAGCGAAAUGAACGUCAUGGUGCCCAAGGCCAAUGGAGAUUACGCUGAAUAUCCAGUGCCAGAACAAUUUAAAACCACCAUCAGUCACAACGGUCUUAGCACCACGGCCAUCGAUUCACUCGGUUAAGAGCGCGUUUAAACCACGAUAAUGCAUAGCCUACGCAUCUCUCCUUAACAGCAUAACUCACUAGAGAUAUCGUCGUCCAAGAGACAUUAUCAAUUUAUUCAUAUUCUUACUAUUAUUAUUUAUUGUCUUCUUGUGGAUAGUGCGUAGCUAAGGGAGGAAAAAAAAAGACAGGUCACCUGAUACUAUAUGUUUUGCUUGCAACGUAUGACGGAAUUACUUCGAUCGUACGCGAGACUGCGCGCGCGUCUAACGAACAUCGAUAAUAAAUUAUACGCAUCGGCGGUACGCAGUCGCAGUGAUAAGCGGUAAUAAUGUAUUCACUAAAGUAUUGCUUGAAAAGAAAUCUUCUGUCGUCUGAGAGUAUCUUCUAAAUCAUUAAAUUCGUCGGGGGACGUGAAUUCUUCAUCGACUCACCGACCCCAAUUCAGACAUCUUGAAUCAAGAUGGUCGACUUUCGCGAAGACCGCACUGAGCUCCUUUAACGACUGUAAUAUAUAUAUAAUAUAUAUAUAUAUAUAUAUAAUUAUACGUACCAAUAGUGAAGUCCGGAUUAUUGGGCGAACAAUUUUCUUUCUUAAAUAUUAUACAUCUCCAUGUGCGACCAGGUACUCGCAUAUCGAGAUCGUGAGGGAGGGAGACGCUGCGAUGGUGUGUUAUGCAUGGUAUGGACAAAAGUUUUAUCGUCUUCGAGUCGCUCUUUUAUACAUUUACACCAUUUUCUAUCGUACACAGAGAACUUUUGCUCAAACCUGUCGGUCGCACAGAACACUCGCCCCGAUCACACCGGGCGAGACGAGCGUUGUACACAUAUAUAGCUAGCAGAGAACGAGAUUACUAGGCCUCCGAGCGUCACUCGUGGAUGGUGUCAGACACCGUCGUCUCAAUAGUUCGAUAUUGCUUUACUUCCACUGAAACACUAAACUGCGCUGUCGAGAGUUGAGCAUCGUACGACAUAUACCUAGAAACGGGGAACUCCGCAUGAUCGACCACGUGAAUUGGAGUCUAACGGAUAACGCGAUGUUGUUUAUAUAACGAAAGUACUCGUUAGUGCCAGAGUAUCACGCGAAUAAAGCACACACCGUAUGGUGAGAGAGAGAGAGAGAGAUAGAGAGAUAGAUAGAUAGAGAGACAGAGAGAGAGAGAGAGAGAGAGAGAGAGAGAGAGAGAGAGAGAGAGAGAGAGAGAGAGAGAGAGGAAGAAACGUAUCUACGCGCGAAGACGAACAACGGCGGCAAGCAUCGCAGACAUCGCAAGCAGGCAAACCGUCUUGGCAAACCGUUUGUCCGUAUCGCACAAUUCACUGUAACAAACUGUAACGUCAUUAUUUAAUCUAGACUAUUUUUAACUUAACAAUAGCAUCGUGAGGAGACACACCGUCAUUUACAAGCGCUUUUUUGUUUAAAUGUCGAUUAUAUACAAUAUAAUCACUAUUUUCCGUUAUAGGUAUAAUUUUUGGUGAUGAGUCUGACUAAUAAAUCUAAUAAAGUGAAGUUAUAUAUAUCAUCCAGAGCGUGUUCUCUCUGACUUGACAUUUCUCUUUCAGCCACGAUUUUCUACACAGGGUGUCCCAUUUUAAAUGAGCCGGGCAAAAAUCUCGAGAAAUAUGAAGGACACUAAGAAACAUUUCA